AUGUAUGGUCUUCAAACUGUAACCUACGGCACGAGACCGGGAAAUUACCUAGCAGUUAGAUGUCUACAUCAAUUGGCAAUGGAUAAAGAAGAAAAUUUUCCCCUAGCAUCGGAAGUUUUGAAGAGAGAUUUCUAUGUGGAUGACCUUCUCACGGGAGCAGAUAAUUACGAGAGGGCCUUGCAAAUUCGUAACGAAUUGAUUCAACUGCUUCGUAGAGGUGGAUUUCAUCUGAGGCAGUGGGCUUCAAAUACUAGCAGCUUGAUUGAUGAUCUUGGUGAGCGAUCGGACAUUGAACAUCUUUGUUUGGGAGGUGAAGACAGCGUUAAAACCUUAGGCAUACAGUGGAGAUGCAAGGACGAUACCAUUAUAUAUAUCAUGAACACUCGAAUAAAUGGUAACGAGCGCCUCACUAAGCGAACAUUGCUAUCACAGAUCGCGGCAAUCUUUGAUCCACUUGGACUGUUGGGACCAAUCAUUGUUAAAGCCAAGAUUGUUAUGCAACUGCUCUGGCAGCUGAAGCUUGAAUGGGAUGAGACAGUGCCCAUGGAUAUAUUUACAUUAUGGAACGAAUAUAAGACACAACUUAAUUCCAUAAAUGGUUUUAGUUUUCCGAAAAGAAUAAUGCUUGGUGAUUCCGACCUACAACUACAUGGAUUCUGCGAUGCAAGUAAGAAGGCCUUUGGCGCAUGCAUAUAUCUGCGUUCAACCAGUCAAACGGGAGAUCGAAUGGUGAGGCUAGUGUGUGCCAAAUCUAGAGUGGCUCCUUUAAAAAAGGUCUCUCUACCGAGGUUGGAGUUGUGUGCCGCAGUCUUACUCGCUAAUUUAUAUAAGGUUACCAGUGGCUCACUGAAACGAGAUUUCAGGAGUAUACAUUUUUGGUCGGAUUCCACCAUUGCGAUUCAUUGGAUACAUUCAUCGCCUCACAGACUAAAGACGUUUGUGGCAAAUAGAGUAGCACAAAUACAGACUACUACGGAGAAGUCAUAUUGGAGGUAUGUUCCGUCUCAACAGAAUCCUGCUGAUCCAUUGUCACGUGGACAAAUGCCUGAAGCAUUUGCGCAAAACCAACUGUGGAAAAAUGGACCGGAUUGGUUGAUGGCGGAUGAAGAUGAAUGGCCCGCAAACUUGGUUGAAGAAAUUGUAGUGCCGGAGCAGCGAUCAACUGUUAACUUGCAAACUGCUAUAUCGGCUGAUUUUGUUGAGAGAUUUUCAUCAGUAUUCCUAUUAACAAGAGUAAUAGCAUAUUGCCUGCGCUUCGUACACAACUGUCGCAAGAAAGAGAAACGAACAGGAUCUAUCACAACAGAAGAACUGCGGGAAGCAACGAAUUGCGUGAUUCUGGCGGUACAAGCGAACGCUUUCGCUAAUGAAUUGUAUAAUUUGCGUCACGGCAGACCUCUGCACUCAAAAAGUAGAAUUUUGGCAUUGAAUCCGUUUAUAGAUAACGUGGGAAUAUUGCGAGUGGGCGGAAGACUUCAAAAUGCUGAUAUGAGAUAUGCUCGGAAGCAUCCCAUAUUACUUCCCAAUAAUAAUUUUACUAAAUUAAUUUUUAAAUAUGUCCAUAUUAGUAAUUAUCAUUGUGGUGUUCAAGCUACAUUAUACGCUGUUAGACAGAAUUAUUGGGCAGUUAGAGGAAAGGACAUUGCUAAGUAUACUGUUCGUACUUGUAUGAGAUGCUUUCGAUUUGCAGCACCCGCACCAAAGUAUCAAAUGGGAAAUUUACCGAUGGAUAGAGUAGUGAACGAUCGCCCGUUCGAGAAGCGGUUUUGUGUUGAUAGGGGAGUCAAAUGGAAUUUUAUACCGCCACGUUCACCGCAUUUUGGCGGAUUAUGGGAGGCCGCGGUGAAGGGAUUUAAGCAUCACAUGCGUCGAACACUCGGUGAAACAUUAUUUACAUUUGAAGAAUUUAACACAUUUGUAAUUGAAAUAGAAGGUGUAUUGAAUUCGCGACCGCUCACUGCUCUGUCCUCGGAUCCAAAUGAUUGCUUGGCUUUGACGCCUGCACAUUUUUUGAUAGGAACGUCGUUGUCAGAUAUUCCUGAAGUCGAUCUCACGGAUGUGCCCACUAACAGAUUGUCUAUAUGGAAACACAUACAAAAAAUUAAGCAAAACUUUUGGCGUCGCUGGAGCAAGGAGUAUUUAAACGAGCUGCAACAGCGAACCAAGUGGUUGAAUUCACACGCUUCAUGUAUUAAACCAGGAAUCUUGGUUCUUAUUAAAGAUGACAACACUGCUCCUUUGCAAUGGUCGAUGGGCAGGAUAGUGGUCGUGCAUCCGGGAGACAAUAACAUUGUGAGAGUGGUUACCGUAAAUACUCAGAAUGGUACAUAUAAGCGAAAUGUAAGAGCUCUUGCCCCGCUACCCAUUGAAUAA